AAGCCCCACCCGAAAAUGAUGCUCGGAGAACCGACCCGACUUCACCCCACUCUCCAUGUUCCUCCCUGGGACUCACUUGACGAUCACGUUAUUCAUACCCCGACAUCACCCUUCUCCAUCCCCAUUCACUCCGGUAACUCUAACGGCAAUGCCUCCAACGGAGGAGACUACUCCCCGCUCUCCCCAAUGUUCCUCGACUCGCUCGCCGCGCUCCACCGUUACCUCCCGUCUAAUGAGUCUGACUCGCUGGCAGAGGACCCGGACAUGCCCAUGAACCCGAUCUCCUGUGACCAGUUCCGGAUGUUCGAGUUCAAGGUCCGGAGGUGCGCCCACGGCAGGUCGCACGACUGGACCGACUGUCCAUACGCCCACCCGGGCGAGAAAGCCCGGCGUCGCGACCCGAGAAAGUACCACUACUCUGGUGCUGCAUGCCCUGACUUCCGCAAGGGCCACUGCCCGAAGGGUGACUCGUGCGAGUUCGCUCAUGGUGUUUUCGAGUGCUGGCUCCACCCGGCCCGGUACCGGACCCAGCCAUGCAAGGACGGGUUGCGCUGCAACCGCCGGGUCUGCUUCUUUGCCCACACGCCCGAACAGCUCCGGGUCCUGCCCGGUCAGAGCCCGAGAACCCAAGGGUCGGGAGCUUUGGACUCGUAUCCAUUUGGUUCGUCCCCCACCUCGAUCCUGAUGUCCCCUCCAUUAUCUCCACCGUCUGAGUCGCCGCCAAUGUCGCCAAACAGCCCUCAACUCGGCCGUAACUCGGUGAGCAAACUUGUUGCUUCGAUGCGAAACUUCAAGCUUGCUAAGAUGAAAAUGAACUCUCCGCCUGCAUGGGGGACCCAAAUGGGAUCCGGGUACGGCUCUUCACCACGUGGGUCAGCGUUCCGACCCGGUCUUUGCAGCCUUCCUUCGACCCCGACUCGCACAACGGGUCGGGUCGGACCAAACCCGGUUGAUAUCUGGGACCAGCCGUGCGAAGAGGAGCCGGCAAUGGAGAGGGUGGAGUCUGGGAGGGACCUCCGAGCGAGAAUGUACGCGAGGCUGAGUAAGGAGAACUCUCUUGGUCGAGUGGGACGAGUUGACUCGGGCACAUCGGCUCCCGACGUGGGCUGGAUUUCGAUCUAGUCAGCGAGUGAGUGUGCGUGAAGACGACGAGUCGUGGAAAACCCUGUCUGCUGGGUCGACUCGUUUGUCGUUUUUCCGUUUUGAUUCAUAUUACUGGGCUGGUGCGGUAAAAAUCGGUGGCCUUUUGAUUCUUCAAACCUUUUGGUGUGAAUAGCGCGGUUAAUUUUGAAGCUUUUUGACGUAAAUAGUCGACGUGGAGCUGUGUAAAAGUUAAUUUCGUUUUGCAAAUUUGUACAGAUAAAAAAACAAUGAAGAAGAAUUUUGUCGGGGCUGCUGCUGGGUAUUUGAUCAAUGUCUAAGAAAUUGUAAUUUCCUUUUCUGUUUUCGCAUGUUAUGUCAAAUUUUCUCGGAUAAUUAUAUUUGUAUUUUCUCCUC